GACUUGCCCUGUCUCUCCUCCCCUCUCUCCACCUACUUAUUCCUUCCCCGCUACUUCUUUCAUAAACUCAGCUUACGAUCCCCUUCUCGUCUUACGCUCUUUCCUCGCAUCACACAACUUACAUUAUCAAAAGUACUUGCUCUAUCAUGGCGCCCAAGAACGUCAAAGAGGCUUCCCCUGCCCCCGAGACCACUCCAUCUCGCCGCGCAUCCUCUAGCUCACUCCCCGAAAAGCCACCCGGCCCACUUAGCGUCCCCGUGUCUCCCGACGAGCGCGAGACCGUCAAGAUCAACAACAUGAACCAGACCGACCUCAAGAACGCCUGCGACGAUGCACUCAAGCGCUACCUCUCGCGACCUACCCUCUUCAAGCAAAUAUACCUGCACACCGACGUCCGCCUCGCCCUCGGCUGGGCGGGCGUGUUUGUCGCUGUCGCCACGGGCGUCUACGGAUACAAGGUUGACUUUGAGACUGCCAAGCCUCUCGUAUGGGCAGGCUUCCUUCUGUACCUGCUUCUUACCGGUCUCCAGACCGCUUACGCAUAUUUCGUCGAGGGCGAUGUUGUCUUCGUUGGAAAGCGGAAGACCUUCUCUAAGCGUAUCGUUACCGAGCGCAUCACCAUCUCUUCUCGUACCCUCCCCGUCUCAUCACCAAUCUCGCCCAACUCAAUUUCCCAGUCUUCAUCGCCAUCGUACGAGCUCGCCGUUUCCUACGUGCAAAGUGCUGCCGGCGGCCGUUCGCUCCUCUCCAAGGGCCGCUCACGUGCCUCGCGUUCGUAUGCUAGCUUCUUCGAUGCAAAGGGCGUCAUGGCGCAAGCCACCUUUGAAGACUGGGUAGGGAAGCUUGUGGAAGAUGUCAUGGAUUCCCGCGCCGCAUAGGUCUGCUGAUGAGGGCAUGUUGUGGUGUCUGAGUGGACCGAGGGACGAUGUCAGCCUGUACUUCCAUAUUUUCGGUAUUCAUGAUGGUAAUCCAUUAUUUCAAA